AUGGCCCCCAACACAGGCCCCACCAACCCGGCCCUGAUCUUGCUCUGCACCCUGGGGACCCUGCUGUUGGCCUGCUCGGCACCCACAGGGCAGCUCCCCAGUCCGGACCAGCUGAAACUGCUCUCCUAUUUACUGGAGUCAGCCGAGAGUCUCUAUGAAGAUUACAAAAAGAAGGAGAACAUGCAGCCUCCUGAAAUCUCCUCCUGUCCCACCGAUCAUCCCCUGCCAUCAACCCACCUGGACCCCGGCUUCUUCCUACCCUUAAUCCGGGCCAUCAAGCCCAUCGUGAACCGGACCUUGAAAAACAGACCUGAAGUGGACGAAAUCAUUGAAAUACUCCAGCGGCUCCAGGUUGAGGACACCACGGAGAGGCCUGUGAUGGUGACGACACCUGCGUGCCUCUGCCCCAUGCCCAGCCUUUUGCUUCCCCGAUCAAUCAGGUCAGACUCUGGACUGGAGCUGUGA